UUAAUUGAACUGGACACAAAAUUUUCUGAAGUUGAUGAAAAAUUCUUUAAAAACUCGUCAAAUUCAUGCAUUUCCCUGUUCUAAUUGACGUGAGCUUUAGUUUAAUAGUUGUUUAACACUCUGGACGCAAUGGAUUUCAAAAGCGUUGUUUACAACGCUGCCCGUGACGGGAAAAUACAACGUCUUAAAAUUUAUUUGGAUCAUCGUUCUCCAGAAGAAAGACACAAACUUGUUCACGUAAAGACGCUAGGGGCCACCCCUUUGAUUAUGGCGUGCAGAAACGGCCAUUCAGAUGUUGUUGAAUACUUAGUGACUGUUUGUAAAGUAGAUCUAGAGCAAGUCGGCUCUGUGACUUUUGAUGGAGAGACCAUAGAAGGGGCCCCUCCUCUCUGGUGUGCUGCAGCGGCUGGACAUCUUGAAAUUGGGAAAUGCCUCGUCAAACACGGUGCCAAAGUCAAUAACACCACCUUCACAAACUCGACGCCACUUCGAGCUGCUUGUUUUGAUGGACAUUUCGAAGUUGUCAAGUAUCUGGUUGAAAACAAGGCUGACAUUGAAAUCGCCAACCGACACGGCCACACCUGCUUGAUGAUUUCAUGCUACAAAGGACACUACAAAAUUGUUAAGUUUCUCUUGGAACUGAAGGCAAAUGUCGACAGAAAAAGCGUUAAAGGCAACACGGCACUUCAUGACUGUGCUGAGUCCGGAAGCCUUGAGAUCCUGGAACUUCUUCUAUCGUACAAGGCGAAGAUGGCCAAGGACUCCUAUGGUAUGACGCCCCUGUUAGCAGCGAGCGUGACAGGACACACCAAUGUAGUUGAAUACUUGAUAUCCAGGACUCAAUGUUGCCGUGAAGAAAAGGUGGAUGCGCUUGAGUUGUUAGGAGCAACUUAUGUCGACAAGAAACGUGAUAUGUUGGGAGCUCUCCAGUACUGGAGGAGAGCAAUGGAUGAACGCUAUGCUGAUAAGUCGAACAUUAUCAGAAAGCCAGCACUAGAGUCUUCCAUUGCUGCAUAUGAAGGAGCAAAGGAAUUCCAAACGCACUCUGAGCUGCUGGAGGUGAUAUCUGAUCCAGACAACAUGAGAAUGCAGGCUCUGCUUGUUCGUGAGAGAAUCCUUGGACCUGCUCAUCCUGACACGUCAUACUACAUCAGGUACCGAGGAGCCGUCUAUGCAGAUAUGGGGAACUUUGAAAGAUGCAUAACAUUGUGGAUGUACGCCCUGGAAAUGCAGCAGAAAAACCUAGAACCUCUCAAUCCGAUGACGCAGAGUAGCUUUCUGUCCUUUGCUGAGCUCUUCUCCUUCAUGAUGACUAGUUCCAGCCGUCAGCGACCAACAAUGCCAAUAUCAUUUCUUGAUAUGAUGGUUGUCCUGAAUAAAGCUACAGACGAGCUGAAGAAGGGCAUCCAGGCACUUGCCAAGUCUCCUCCGAAGACUGAGAAAGAUUCAACCCAUUUCAACCGACUCUUAGUCAUUUUGAUGCACCUUCUUGCGCUGAUGUGUCGGUCUUCUGCUCAGACUGGCCCUGAUGAUGUGCCCAAGGCAAGAAUGUCCACUGAGGAUGAAAUGGAAUUCAAGAAAAGGAUUUACCAGCUUGUACAUUUGAAUCCAUGUGGUAGCAAAGGCCAUUCUCUUCUUCACCUUGCUUGCUCUGCAGACACCUCCUCUGUUGGUCGCUACCCUGUCUGUCCAUUUCCUUGCUUGGAGGUAGCUGAGCUUCUGAUUGAAGUUGGGGCAAAUGUGAAUGCCAGUGAUAUUGAGAACAAUAGCCCACUUCAUGUAGCAGCUCUAAACAAGCCAUGCAAAGUUGAUAUAAUGAAGUUGUUGCUGGACAAAGGUGCUCAUUUAGAUGCUUGUAACUUGGACCAUAAAACUCCUAUGCAAUUGAUGAGAAAUACAACAAUAUACGAUGUGGUGUCGCCUCUCAAGUACAUUAACCUGCAGUGCAUGGCUGCGUCUGCAAUCAUCAAGCAUGCUAUUCCUUACAAAGGGCACGUCCCGAAGAAGUUAGAAACCUUUGUUCAGCUGCACUGAUGUUGUAACUGCAGUGAAGUUCAUGAACAAAGAAAGUCACAACUUAUAUUUGCCAAAACCUGUUGAAGUGCAUCCAAAAAGAUUGGUACUUACUUAAUGCACAGUGUGUUGACCAUAGAGUCUGUCUGAGCUUAUUCAUGAUUCUGCAUGUACAUGUAACCUUGCACAAUACUGGCUAGAACAUUUAGAAUAGAAGAGGUACAUGUGGCAGAUUAGUCAAUUCUUAAGUCUGUAAAUUUUGUAACCCAUAACACUAAUCUUGGCAGUGGGCUGGCAGCAGGGAAACCGGAGUUAUCGCUCCCACUCCAGUAAUUGCAGGAGUGAUGGACAACUCCUGUGGCCAUCCUUGCUUCAACUUGAAUUGCUACUACAUCAGUCCUGUAGUGUAAAAUGUCACAUCACUCCCAUUAAAUGCCAUCAUGGGUGUUGUUUAAAAGAAAAGAUAAGGUCUCUGUGUAGACUUGACUUGAGCCUUGUAAAUAUUAGCUGCAUGAAGUUUCAUUACAUGUAAAACUUCUUUGUGUCCGAUUUUCCAUUCAAAAACUAUAAAAAGUUAUGUUUCAGGCCUAAGCAGCUUCUGGAACCAGAAACAAGUGAACAGCGCCACUGUAUCUGCAUAGGACAUUUUUCUUAACCUCACUGGCUUGAAUGCCAUCAACAACUCCUGCUAUUUUACAUUUCACUGGAAGGAUAUUGAGAAGAGUUGAAUGCAAAUCCAUUAAAUCCCCUGGAGGCCUUUUGGAGUCAACACCAUGUAAAAUAAUGGUUUAUGCACUGAAGUGAAACUUGUUGCAUACAUGUACUUACAAGUGGGAUAUUGCGGGUUUUGCACUGCGAUGGUGUGGUAUCCUGAAAAUGAUCCAAUGUUCUGUCAUCAUUUUGCCAGAAUUUUUUUUCAGAAUGAGUUCUGCAUCUGAGUAUGUGUAUGCAGUUGUUUCAAUAAUGGUUGGAAACUAGAAAUAGUACAGGACAUGUGGCACAUUGAAAGUUUUAACAAAGUUAUGUCCGAUAGUACUGGUAUGUCUAUUCAUGAAUGGUUGUGGAUUCCCCAGAAUCACUACAAGUGUAUUUCCCUUUUUACAAGGAUUUUGUUGUACAAGAAAGUUGUAGUUAAUUGAAUACAAAUGUUCUGUAAGUCCAUGCCAUCUCUUGAACCUUGGUUGCAGCAUUUUCCUUUGUGCUAAUUGCUUGUCAGGAAUGUAUUGACCUUAGCCUGUGAUCAUGUGUGAAAGGUGUCCAGUUAGGAAUUGCUUUAUCAAUUCUCCCGAGUUGUAAUAAAAGUUUGUUAUCAAAUCA